AAAGCAGCGAGCGCCGCUCUGGAGCCGCAGAAAGCACAAGGAAAUCGCAGAGGAUUGUGUAUUGAACGCUAACUGCAACCUUGAAGGAUUGUUACAAUCAGCGGCAGAAAGCUACAGCAACGUUAUCAUUUUAGUCUGGAACUCGCGGGUUCUUUUUACCUUGGAUUUAAUUACUGCAACAUGACUCUGGAAGAUAUCUCUGGAACUGACAACACCAGCAAAAAGAUGCAGCCAAUUGAUCAAGCUUUAGAAGAAUUGUUGGUGGCAGCUCAACGCCAGGGCUAUUUAACAGUUGGAGUUUACGAAUCCGCGAAGCUAAUGAAUGUUGACCCAGACAGUGUCGUUCUGUGUCUCCUGGCGGCCGAUGAGGACGACGACAGUGACAUCGCCUUGCAGAUACACUUCACCCUGAUCCAGGCUUUCUGCUGCGAGAAUGACAUUAACAUCGUGCGGCUGCGUGGAGUCAAGCGGCUGGAAGAGCUGCUGGAGACUGGGGACGAGACUGCCGAACCGCGGGACAUGCACUGCAUGCUUGUCACGAACUCUCAUACCGAUGUUUGGAAAUGUGAGGCGCUGGAGGAAGUCGGAAGCUAUUGCCAGGAAAGCAGAAACCAGAACCAGUGGGUUCCAACCGUCUCCCUGCAGGAACGCUGAGUAGUGAUCAACACGUACACAAAAGGAAAAAGACCUGAAGCGAGCGUCUUUUAAUUAAGAAAAAUGUAUGCCGAGUUUUUUUUUAAAAAAGCAAAAUAGAAGAUGCGGAUGGAUGAGAAGAAAAAUCAUGUUGGCAAAGGCAUUUUUGUUUUCUUUUUAAAAAAAAGGUAAAGGAGAUGGCAUACCCAGGCGGUGGCUUGGCUGGUUUUAGGCCGGCAAGCGGAUUGCAGCCGCUCCCGGAACCGAGAAGGCAGCUGCAGAGGAGGAGCUGGAGUUGGAGGAAAAACCGAUUUUUGGAAGCGAAAUAAGGGAGAUAUUUCGAAGCAGGACAUUUUUUAUAUCUAGAUAUAUUUUUUUUUAAUGAUAGACUGGACUGAGAUGCAGAGAGUGGAAGAACGGAUGUUUGAUACAAGAAUGCGAAGAGGACUGUCAUCCUGGCUGUGCUGGAAUGAAUGGGCUUUUUUUAUAUAUAUAUAAACAGCGGAUGGCCGGCCUGAGCUGCUCGGUGACUGGUGUGGAUUUGCAUCCUGAAGGGAGGUCGGAGAAGGAACAACGUGCGAGGCUGCACUGGACAGCAUUUGGAGCAGUUUUAAUUUCUAAACGGAACUCGCCCCCGCACUUUUUCAUUUUGUACUAUGGAGGGGAUUUGCAGCAGAUGUUGAGGAGUGAACUGUUGCAUUUAGCUUCAAUAAUGGGAUUUCUGCAAAGAAUCCCCAAGUCAUGUUAUGGGCAUUGUGCAAUUUAAUUCCAAAGUCUUGUUAUUAACUCGUGUCAUUUUUUUUACUAGCGUCUUGUUUAUAAUGCUGAGUGAUCUUCGUUUGUCUUUUCCAAUAUAUAUGUAAUAAAAUGAACUUGUGUUUCUAUUGCAAAUUACAUCUACAAUAAAUACUUUUUAAAAUAAAAAA